GACGCUGACUGACUGACCCACAUACUCCAGUCCACUGCCCCGUGCCAAAUCGAUCCUCAGAGAAACCGCCUAGUCUGCGUUUCGUCCCCGAAACCCUCGCGCUUCCCCCGUCGGGCUGGCCAGACAAGCACCUCUCCCCAAAUAGCCAACCGUCACUCCCUUGUGGCUCUUUUCUUGUCUUUUCUGAAGGGGUUCUUAAUUUCACUGACAGGAUAAUCUGUUCAUCAUCAACUCCCCUCCUCUCUGGUGCAAUGGCCAAGGUUUACAGUAUACAAGGUUAAAAAAUAUUCCUCAUUUCUGAACCCUAAUACAACAAAGACAUGCAAUAUUAACAGAGCAAGCCUGGGCUGAGAUGAUAGACUAAAACAGUUUACAAUUUCACCCAGUCCCAGUGAACAGGACAAACUGAGAGUUUACGCUGCAGUAUACGGGUCAGAGAGAGAGAGAGAGCGCGCGCACCGGCAUGCACACCUCAUAAGAGUUAAUCAGCUCUCAGCAGUCAUUAGCCGGAAAGAAUGCCACAUUCCCGCAGGAAACCGAGGGAAUGAAAAGGCUCCCCGCUGUCGGCAGGUUAUAAACGUCGGUCAAGGUCCGUCCUGCAGGAUGCUGGCUACCUUUGACCUACUGCUACCAGCAGUAAUCAGCUCAAAGCGGUGACUCUGCGACCAAAUCCUGCAACCGGUUUGUCACAUGACUGCGCUCAUCGGAGAAAUUAUUUCCGUGUUCUCAGGGAUCUCACUCAACUGAAUGAAAUCCUGACUGGUGUUUUUUUUUUUCCUGCCCUGCUUCCUGCACCGAGCUGCCAUUGGAACGCGUCGCCGAGCUGGGGGGCACUUCGGGGAAGGGGACCCGCUCAUUUCACCGCAAAGACGCGAGCCGCAGCAAUAACAUGCUCACACGGGUGAAAUCUGCGGUGGCCAGUUUCAUGGGAGGCAUAAUGGCUGGCGGUUCCAAUGGAGACAACUUCAGCGGUUCCGACCUGCCGCUGAAAUUUCCUUACAUGAGACCGGAGUUUCUGGGGCUGUCACAGGACGAGAUAGAGUGCUCCGCGGAUCACAUCGCGCGGCCGAUUCUCAUUCUGAAGGAGACGAAGAGAUUGCCUUGGGCUACUGGCUAUGCAGAGGUGAUCAACGCGGGGAAGAGCACUCUGAACGAGGACCAGGCCUGCUGCGAGGUGGUGCUGGUGAAGAGGAAGGCGGGCAGCUCCACCCCCGGCAAAACGCCCACCACCAAGAGGAGGUCCUCCCUGCCCAACGGGGAGGGCCUGGGCCUGCGGGAGAGCUCGGACUCUGACGGGCUGGCCUUCCAUUACUGGGCCCUGUUCGACGGGCACGCGGGCUCUGGGGCGGCGGUGGUGGCCUCCAAGCUGCUGCAGCACCACAUCGUGGAGCAGCUCCAGGACGUGCUGGACGUCCUGCGCAACUCCGCCCUCCUGCCCCCCACCUGCCUGGGGGAGGAGCCCAACAGCAGCAGCACGCCCGCCUCCCACCGCGCCCUCACCCGCGCCGCCUCCCUCCGGGGGGCCGCGGGGGCCCCCGGCUCGCCGGGCACGCCCCCCCCGACCCGCUUCUUCACCGAGAAGAAGGUGGAGCACGAGAGCCUGGUGAUCGGGGCCAUGGAGAACGCCUUCAAGGAGAUGGAUGCGCAGAUCGAGCGGGAGAAGGCCGUGUACAGCAUCUCCGGGGGCUGCACGGCGCUGGUGGUGGUCUUCCUCCUGGGGAAGCUGUACGUGGGCAACGCCGGGGACAGCAGAGCCAUAAUCAUUCGGAACGGGGAAGUGGUCCCCAUGUCCUCAGAGUUCACCCCGGAGUCCGAACGCCAGAGGCUGCAGUUUCUGGGCUACAUGCAGCCGCACCUGCUGGGGAACGAGUUCACACACCUGGAGUUCCCCAGGAGGGUGCAGAGGAAGGAGGUGGGGAAGAGGAUGCUGUACCGCGACUUCACCAUGAGCGGCUGGGCGUAUAAAACCAUAGAGGACGAGGACCUGAAGUUUCCUCUGAUAUACGGGGAAGGGAAGAAGGCGCGCGUCAUGGCGACCAUCGGCGUCACGCGCGGCCUCGGGGACCACGACCUGAAGGUGCACGACUCCAACAUCUACAUCAAGCCCUUCCUCUCCUGCUGCCCGGAGGUGAAGGUGUACCCGCUGACGCAGUACGAGCACGGGGCCGACGACGUCCUGGUGAUGGGCACCGACGGCCUGUGGGACGUGCUGUCCAACGAGGAGGUGUCCGAGGCCGUCGCCGGCUUCCUGGCCAACUGCGACCCGGACGACCUGCACAGGUACACCAUGGCGGCUCAGGACCUGGUGAUGAGGGCCCGGGGGGUGCUGAAGGACAGGGGCUGGCGCAUCUCCAACGACAGGCUGGGCUCCGGGGACGACAUCUCCGUCUACAUCAUCCCCCUGCUGUACGGCAACCGGCAGCCGUAGCCUGAGAGCAGGCUGAGCGACGGGGAGACGCCGACGCCCCCCCCCGACACCCCCAACCCAAAACCGUCCCUCUCCCUCUGCCCCCCACUGUACUGUACUGUACUGUAAGUGAUGAUGAUCAUGGAAAAUCGACAGACCUGACACCCCCCAACCCAAGCGCCUCCCCCCAGCCCGUCACAGGGCCACAGUGUUUGAUGACAACCCCC